AUGUCAUCCCAAGAGACCAAGCCCCUCCAACCGGUAAAUCCUGCCAAACUUCAGAACCUCAGAGAAAAAACCGAAGCGAAGUAUAGGAUGACUAUGGAGGCGUUUUACCGGAAUACGGGGAAGGAACAUCCGCUUGCGGGGAAGUUACGGGAGGGAGGAGAGGAGCAAGAGGGGGAGAAAGGGGAGGCGCAGGCGGGUGAGGAGCCGAAGGCGCAGGAGCAAGAGGUGAAGGAGGGACAGACAAAGGAGAAGGGUCAGUCUCAGCAUAGUUGA